AUGAAGAGUAGAUUUCUGAUUCUUUGUCUGAUGGUCUGUCUUAUUAUGGCUCGGAUGGGAGCUGCCAAUGUCGUGCUAAUGGGGAAUAAUCUGACCGUGUCCUUCGAUGACAUUGAGGCGAGCUUUUCUCCAGGAGUGAAAGGGUCUGGAGUCAGUGGAGUAGUUUAUGCUUCUGAACCUUUGAAUGCCUGCAGCCCAUUAACAAUCAAAGCAGUCAAUGGCCCUCCAUCUCCCUUUGCGUUAAUUAUAAGAGGCGGGUGCGCAUUUGAUGAGAAAGUAAAAAAUGCACAGGAUGCUGGAUUCAAAGCUGCAAUCGUCUAUGACAAUGAAAAUAGUGGGGUCCUGGUUUCAAUGGCUGGAAGCUCAAGUGGCAUUCAUAUAUAUGCUGUGUUCGUUUCAAAGGCCUCGGGAGAGGUGUUGAAGAAAUUUUCAGGCCAUGCGGAUGUAGAGGCGUGGAUACUACCUACAUUCGAAAACUCGGCCUGGUCGAUCAUGGCAAUCUCACUCAUAUCGCUAAUUGCCAUGUCUGCUGUACUAGCUACGUGUUUCUUUGUGAGAAGGCAUCGAAUAAGGAGGGAUCACCCUAGAAUCCCAGAAGAUCGAGAAUUCCAUGGAAUGAGCAGUCAUUUAGUUAAGGCUAUUCCAAGUCUUGUUUUUACAAAAGUGCAAGAAGAUAACUGCACAUCAUCAAUGUGUGCCAUUUGCUUGGAAGACUACAAUGUCGGAGAAAAGCUAAGAGUACUACCUUGCCGUCAUAAGUUCCAUGCAGCUUGUGUGGACUUGUGGCUGACUUCUUGGAGAACAUUCUGUCCUAUAUGCAAGAGAGAUGCAAGGAGUGGAGCAUCAGAACUUCCUGCCACAGAGGCUACCCCUUUACUUUCUUCUGCUGCUCGGUUACCUUCUCGGCCAUCUUCAUUCCGGUCGAGUGUGGCAGCAUCCCCUCCAAGGCCAAUAAGCCGGCAUCCUUCAUCGCACUCGGUUUCUCGUGCUUACUCUGUUUCUAGUACCCCCAAUUCUCCCAACCCCUUUAGAUCUCACAUAAGCUCACCUGGCAUCCGUGCAAGCAGAAGCAUCGCAGACCUUCCAAAUAUGUCAUCUCCCCAUCCUCGCAUCUCACAUUUGUCGUUGUCGACGCACUCCCUGGUUGGCAGCCACUUGUCUCCACCAGUCAGUAUAAGGUAUCCGUCGCCCCAUGUGGCCCAUUCAGGGUAUGGAUCACCCAGUCCACAUGUGAGUUCAUCCUACAUCUCCAAUCCUGGGUAUGGUUCUUCAAGCUACUGCUAUCUGGGAGGCUCCAGCCAGCAUGGGACGUACCUAAGGCGAAGCGGAGAAUCGGGGCCAAGCCUGUGUACCAUGGUCCCUCGAUCGCCGCAGCAGUCGCAGUGGGAGGCGAAUGUAGCGGCAGGUGCAUCAUCAGCAAAGUCCCUGCGGCAGUCCUACCUGAGACACUGUGACGAUUCAGAUGCCAGUUUGUCUGACAUGACGUCAGCCCAGUCGUUGCCGGGGUGCUGA